AUGGACCCCAGCUUUGAUCAGGCCGGCGACGCCCAGGGCUCUCAGUCCGCCGAGAAGAAGAACAGUGUCGUUCUCAAGAUCGGCAUGGUGGGUGACAGCCAGAUUGGUAAGACCAGUCUCAUGGUCAAGUACGUCGAGGGCUCCUUCGACGAAGACUACAUCCAGACUCUUGGUGUCAACUUCAUGGAGAAGACUGUGCAGGUCCGCAACACCGAGAUCACCUUCUCCAUUUGGGAUCUUGGCGGCCAGCGGGAGUUCGUCAACAUGCUGCCACUUGUGUGCAGUGAGGCGGUAGUUCUGCUCUUCCUCUUCGACCUUUCUCGGAAAUCCACCCUCAACAGUGUCAAGGAGUGGUACCACCAGGCGCGCGGUUUCAACAAGAACGCCAUCCCUUUCCUCAUCGGCACCAAGUUCGACCAGUUUGCGCAGUUCCCCCUCGAAGAGCAGGAGGAGAUCACCAACCAGGCGCGGAAGUUUGCCAAGGCCAUGCGCGCGCCGCUCAUCUUCUGCUCAUCAGCCCGUUCGAUCAACGUGCAGAAGCUCUUUAAGAUCGUCCUCAGCCGCGUGUUUGACCUGAAGUGCACCAUCGAGAUCAUUUCGGAGAUCGGCUCCCCGAUCCUCGAGUACUGA